AUCGGAAUUUCGAAAUUUGGGUCCUGUGAGUCCUCCGAGGGGAACUUGGAGUUCAAAUUCGACAAGUCCUGCCGCUAAUCCACCUGCGAACGUCUUUCUCUUGCAGCAAGCAUGAAUCUGGAGGAUUAUCGCAAGCACGGAAAAGAGAUGGUCGAUUACAUCGCCGACUAUCUGGAGACCAUCAGGUCUCGCAGGGUUUAUCCUGCGGUGUCGCCAGGAUACCUCAGAAAUAUCCUGCCAGCCUCCGCUCCCGUCGACGGCGAGUCCUGGGAGGACAUUUUCGGGGACAUCGAGAAAUGCAUCAUGCCCGGUUUGACGCAUUGGCAGAGUCCUCACAUGCACGCGUAUUUCCCUGCCUUGAAUUCCCCUGCGAGUCUUCUGGCGGACAUGCUGGCAGACGCUAUAAAUUGUCUGGGAUUCACCUGGGCUUCCAGUCCAGCAUGUACCGAACUCGAGGCUAUCGUGAUGAAUUGGCUUGGAAAAAUGAUCGGACUCCCGGAGGAGUUCCUGCAUCGUCCUGGAGGAUCAGGAGGUGGGGUUAUUCAGACAACGGCAAGCGAAGCCACCUUGGUCUGUCUUUUGGCUGCCAGGACCAGGGCGAUCAGAGAGAUCCAGCGAAACGAACCCGAUCGACUGCCAACGGAGAUCAAUUCGAAAUUGGUCGCCUACUGCUCCGAUCAGGCGCAUUCCAGCGUGGAAAAAGCAGGACUCAUUGGACUCGUUACGAUGCGGUACAUAGAGUCGGACGGCGAGCUGAGCAUGCGAGGAGAGACGCUAAUGAAAGUCCUGAAGCAAGAUCGUGAGGACGGACUCGUACCCUUUUUCGUCUGCGCUACUUUGGGUACCACCGGUGCCUGUUCUUUCGACAAUCUCAAGGAAAUCGGUCCAAUUUGCGAAAAGGACGGGAUUUGGCUGCACAUUGAUGCAGCUUAUGCAGGCAGUGCUUUCGUCUGUCCCGAAUUUCGAGGUUGGCUUCAGGGAAUCGAACACGCCGACUCGAUAGCUUUCAAUCCUAGCAAAUGGUUGAUGGUGCACUUUGACUGCACCGCCAUGUGGGUUAAAAGUAGUCAAGCUCUGCACAGGACUUUCAACGUAGACCCAUUGUAUCUGAAACAUGAAAAUUCAGGGCUUGCAAUUGAUUAUAUGCACUGGCAAAUCCCGCUCUCGAAGAGGUUUCGAGCUCUGAAGCUGUGGUUCGUCAUUAGAAAUUAUGGCAUCACCGGUUUGCAGAAACAUAUAAGAGAGGGCGUUCGAUUGGCUCAAAAAUUCGAGGCACUCGUCCUGGCGGACUCGCGUUUCGAGAUUCCUGCAACCAGGCACUUGGGAUUAGUGGUUUUUCGUCUCCGAGGUGACAAUUCCUGGACGGAGCGAUUACUGAAGAAGAUGAACACCAGGGGCAGGGUCCACUGCGUGCCGGCUGCCCUGCACGGGAAAUACGUCAUCAGAUUCACCGUCACCUCGUCGAACACCACCAACGAAGACAUUCUGACCGACUGGGCGGAGAUUCGAAACACGGCCGGCGAAAUUCUGGAAGACCACAAGGGAUCGCCGGUCAGAGCAAAGGUUUCCCUUGCAGAAACGCGCGAAAGAAACGAAAACUUUGGGUCGAGCCUGCUCUUGGCGAAUUCGCCGAUGUCCCCGAAAAUCGUCAAUGGCAGUUUUGCGGCCAUUUACGACACCGCGGAUGUCUUCAAUGAAUGCGUGCGACACUUCGGACAAUUGCGACUGGAUGCGAGGGACAGUCCAGAGAUGCGUCGCCGCAUUCGAGGAAUCCUGAUGUCGGGAAAGCAGUUUUCCCUGGAUUCUCGCAUGGACCUGGUCCAGGGAUACGCGUCCUGCGGCCGAUCCCUGGCUGAGCCCUGCUCGAAUCUCCCCCUGAUGAAGGAGGACGACGACUGCACCGGAAAGACGGAAUCUUCGAUAAGCAUCGACAAGACCGAUUCCUCAAUGGUUUUCCCCUCAGGGAACUCCUGCGGAAGUCUGACUGCGCCUUCGGACUCCGAAGAGUCCUUUGAAAGGAAUGCCGAAGACACCGGAAGAGACGCGGCCAGAGUGGUGAAUGGCAAGGUGGAUUCCGGUCGAGAAGAGACCAGGGAUAAGGCCAUGUCAAAGAGCGAGACCAUCGGAGGGAUCAGCAACCUCGCAAACUCCGAGGCGACGAUUUCACCACUCUCGAGGGAGGACUCUCGGGAAGGAGCCAAGUACUGCCGGAAAUGUGGACACUACGGGAAGCAGCAAUAAGGGAUACUAACGGUUAAUAAAAAUUUCCAAAGCCCGGCAAGACGUAGACAAGGAAAGUAACGGAGUCGAAGACUCGUCCAUAGCUUCGAUCGCCGAUCUCCAAAAUCAACAUGUCCGUAUUUUAGUUGAAAAGUUACCCUCGAUUUUCUAGAUUUCAGGGAAUCGGGGAAAAUGCAUCGGACAUGUAGCUUAAAUUAAUGCUAACGGGCCAAGUCGGCGAAUAAA